AUGUCAAAAUAUCAAAAAUUUCUAUUAUUCGGUGAUUCUAUUACUGAAUUUGCUUAUACCACUCAACCAUUCUCACUUGGUGGUGCAUUAUCUGCCGCAUAUACCAGGAAGUUAGACAUUUUGCACAGAGGAUAUUCAGGAUACACCAGCAGAUGGGGUAUUAAAAUACUUGAGGACAUUUUGGAAGAACAUGAGGAUAAUGAUAUUGCUAUCGCAACUAUUUAUUUUGGAGCCAAUGACUCUUGUUUGGGAGGUCCCCAAGUAGUUCCUUUGAAUGAAUAUAUUGAGAAUAUGAAAUUGCUUAUCUAUAUGUUAAGGAAACACAAUAUAAAACCUAUAUUUAUUGGUUUAGCAUUAUUCAAUCGUGAAUUAUGGGAGACAAUUAAAGUAGAAGAAAUCAAAUUGGGUCAUAUUAGAACUGUAGAUAAUUUACAAGUGUACAAUAAUAGUUUGAAGCAAUUAGCAAAAACGGAAAAUGUGCCAUUUGUUGACUUACACAAAGCCUUUACUGAAAUCGGUGGAGAAUCUUGGAAGGACCUACUAUUGGAUGGUUUGCACUUUAGUAGUAAAGGUUAUGAGAUUUGGUAUAAUGAAUUAUUAGCCGCCAUUAAAGAAAACUAUCCCGAAUACUACCCAGAUAAUAUGAAAACAAUGUAUCCUCUGUGGAGGGACGUAAAAGCAGAUGGUUCAAAUAUCUAA